GAGGAAUCCAGAAGCGAAGCUUAGUAGGAGACUAGGAGUAUAUAUCACUGCUGCACAUUUGAGAGGAGAGGCGGAGGGAGGGGGAGGAAGAAGAAAGAGGAAGAGGGUUUAACUACGUGGCAUGGAAAUCAUGGCAUAGUUGGUUCUUUCUUCUUUCUCUUCCUCUCUCUGCCGCUUGUUCUUUCUUCUUCGCAAGCAGCAGUCUCGAUCUGGACCCUCGCAGCCAGCCGCUGCAGAGAGGGAGGACAGGCCGCCAGCAUUGCCGGCUGCGCUCUGCCACGCCCGGCGCAAGAGACAAGCGGGAUGGACGGCUUGGAAGGUUUUGAGUUCUUCCAGAUCAUACUUGAGAAGCCCUCCAGCAGGCUGAGGCUGCCUGACAAGUUUACGAUGGUGCUGCUACACGGAGGCAAGCCCCAGGAAGCAGUGAAGCUGCGGGAGGCCGGCCAUGGGCGUCGCUUAUGGGACGUGAAGGUGGUGUUGGAUGCCGACGGCCACAUGUACCUAGGGAGCGGUUGGGAGCAGUUCGCCCGUGCCCACGACCUGCGGCUCGGCUACUUCCUCGAGUUCAGCUACGACGGCGAUGCCGUGCUCACCGUCAAGGUGUUCGACGUGAACAUGUGCCGCAGGCACUACAAACACGACAACGGUGCCAGCAGUGGGAGCAGCAGCGACGGUGACAAUGAGAGCAAGAACAGCAGCGUCGGUGACAGUGGCAGCAACGACGGCGGCGCCGGUGACAAUGGCACCAACAACAGCAGCAUGGUGGAGAUGGAGGUCGAGAACGGGCCGACAUCGCAGUUCAGCGCCAUGCUGAGGAAAUGCAACCUAGGCAAGAAGCAGGAACAGUACCUGAACGUGCCGGUGGAUUUCCAGCUCGCGCACGCGUACGCGGAGAGGAGCAAGGUGGAGCUGCGGAUGCGCGGCAAGUCGUGGCCCGUGCACCUGAAGCACAACCCCAAGACGAGCGGCAGGCCCCGCGCGUCGUUCAGGUACGGGUGGCACCAGUUCUGCGUCGACAACAGCCUCGGCGAGGGAGAUACCUGCUUCUUCCGAGCGAUCCGCCAAGGAAGCGGCGGCGGCGACGACCACCUGCUCAAGGUGGAGGUGAGGAAGCCAGACGGCAGCUUCCUGGUCUGAGGCGAGGCCGGUGGCAGCCGGCCUCCGUUGCAUGCAUCGGCCUGGGGUUGGCCGGCGUGACUGAGUGCGUUAUUAUGAUUUGCUUAUGAUAACUGUAAGACCUUAAUUCUCUGUACUACUCGACUGCUGAUGCUACUAGCAGCGUACGUGAGUGACUAAACCUGGCUGUGUUUA